UCUAAUAGCAGGAUACAACAGGGGUUCCUCUACGACAAUCAACAAGGACGAGAAGGAAAUGACGAUACACACACUGAGGAAGUGGAACAAGUGGAAUCUGAAGCGACAGCGCAAUCGUGUGAAGACUUCUGUACGUUCGAAUCGUCUGAAGUGGGCGAAUUCGGUGGCCCAAAGACAGAGGAACGUCGGAAAACAGAUAACGCUGUAUGGAACGCAUUUGAAGAAACCAUUGAAAGAAAGGAGGAUGGUUACUAUUCUGCUGCUGAACGACAACGAAGAUGCUUGCAUAUUGGCCGCAACAGCCAAUGGUACUGCGAAACUACUCGAAUGGAAACGACACAGCAAUCUCGAAAGAUGCCAACGAGUGCUAGCAUACGUCUUGCGUUUCAUAAAGAAUUACUUGCUCACGUGAAAGACCACCUCAAGAAGAAGUUGAAAAACAACAUUCUCGAUAUAUCCACGCAAAACCAUUGGGAUACAUAA